AUGGAGAAACUGGUGUUAGCAUUAAUUCACGCAUCAAGACGACUGCGCAGGUACUUCGCCAAUCACGCCGUUCAUGUUUUAACAAAUUACAACAUUGGAAACAUUCUCGCAAGGCCCGAGAUAUCUGGAAGACUAGCAAAAUGGGCUAUAGAAUUGGGGGUUCACAAUGUGGUCUUUAGACCAAGGCCAGCAAUUAAAGGCCAAGUGUUAGCUGAUUUCAUGACCGAAGUGCCUGAUGAUAAAGACAGAGAAUGCAAGGCAAUGGAAAGAGCUGAAAGGCAACGGUCGGAAGAACCAUGGCUACUGUACACAGAUGGCGCGUCUAACGAAGAUGGUGCAGGCGCAGGACUAAGGCUGGUAAGUCCAAAGAAACACGAAUUCACGUAUGCCAUCCGAUUAGACUUCAAGAGCACGAAUAAUGAAGCCGACUAUGAAGCCUUUCUUGCUGGUUUGAGGUUAGCAAUCAAGAUGGGAGUCAAACACAUCGAGGCGCGUGUGGACCCCAUGCUAGUAGCGGGGCAAAUCAAUGGCCAGUAUGACACCAAAGGAGAUGUGAUGGCGCUCUACUUGGACCAAGCAAAAACAUUGCUACAAAACUUCAAUUCCUACAAGGUGCACCAUAUCAACCGAAGCGAGAAUAAACCAGCCGACGCAUUAAGUAAACUCGCAUCCACCAGUUUCCAGCACCUAGCCAAGGAUGUGCGCAUUGAAGUCCUGAGCAAUCCAUCGGUACCGCUAAGGCAAGUGAGCGUUAUUCAAUUAGGAACGACGUCUUGGAUGACUCCGAUAAUUAUGUAUCUCCAGUCUGGAAUACUACUGGAAAACAAAGCCGAAGCAAGGAAGGUGCAGUACAAGUCCGAGCACUACCAGAUGGUUGAUGGAAUUUUGUACCAAAAAUCUUACCUAGGACCGUUAUUAAGAUGCGUCGAUCUAGAAGAUGCAAACUACCUGAUCCGCGAAGUACACGAGGGCAUCUGCGGCAUUCAUGCCGGACCAAGAAUGGUAGUAGCCAAAGUUAUGAACGCUGGAUAUUACUGGCCCGGAAUGCAUCUAGAUGUGGUAAAGGUUUUGAGGAAAUGUAGCAGCUAUCAGAGACACGCCCUGAAAACGAUGCGCCCCAAAAAUGAACUAGUCCCUGUAACAACGGCAUGGCCGUUUCAGCAAUGGGGGAUAGAUAUAGUUGGUCCUUUUCUAGAAGCCCCGGGCGCAGUGAAAUUCAUCAUAGUCGCAGUCGACUAUUUCACAAAAUGGGUGGAAGCAAAGGCACUCGCGUCAACCACAUCCACCGUAGUGCGAAGGUUCAUUUGGGAGCAAAUCAUCUGCCGAUUCGGGCUGCCUCUUAGAAUCAUCACCGACAAAGGGACAAAUUUUGCUGCUGAUAAUCUCCAAAACUGGUUCAAGGAGCUACACGUAGAGCAUACCUUUUCCUCGGUUGCGCACCCACAAGGAAACGAUGAAGUUGAAGCUGUAAACAAGAGCAUAGUUGACGGUAUCAAGGCCCGGUUGGGAGCGCAACGAAGAGGUUGGGUCGACGAGCCACGCAGCAUACUAUGGGCCCAUAGGACGAUGCCAAAGACAAGUAACGGAGAAACACCGUUCAGUCUGGUCUAUGGGUCCGAAGCUGUGAUACCAGCAGAGAUUGGCCUGCCAUCCCCAAGAAUGCUCUCCAUGAAUAUGAUCAACAACAAAGAAGAAAGAAGGUUGGAUCUAGACCUUCUAGAAGAAGGGAAAUGGCGGCAAUCAAUGAGGCGAAGUACAAGACCAAGUUGGAAAAGUAUUACAACAGCAAGGUCCGAAUUUGCACGUUCAACCCCGGUGACUACGUCCUAA